AUGUUAAGACAGUAUAGCAUCAAACUAUCGAAACUAUGGGAGGCUCUCCGUGUUUCGUCCAGGAUCAACGCGCCCAACGCGGACGGCUGGACGGCAUUGCACCUGGCCGCCGCCACGCCGCAUGCGGAACGCGGCCUUCGGGUUCUUCUGAGAGCACAAGCAGAGGUGUCGCCGGCCCAUCCUGUCAGUGGCAUGACACCUCUGAUGCUCAGUGCUGAAGCCGGCAUGGAUAAAGCCCUGCGGAUGUUGUUGUCGAGCGGUGCAUCUCAGGCAGAGUUGCAGCUUUUUGCUCGCGGCCAACGCGUUGCCGGAUCCUUCGGGCCGACAGAGGGGGUCCGACUUUUUUACCGGCGGCCGUGGGUCGUGGAGCACCUGUCAUUUUACAUCACCUUACCGCGUAGGAAGCUUUGCAAUGUACCGGACGCUCGCUCUGGCGGCUUUGGCUUUGACAACCAUGGCCGAGCCGCUGGAGAUCUUAAACUCGCCACGCGUUGAACGCUUUACUAGUACGUUGAAAGAAUCUGCUCAACCCAUUCCAUUGGUUGGGAGUUGCGACUCCAAUCAGUCCCUUUGCUCCCAGGAUC